CAGGUGAAGUUCUCCUAGCAAGCAUACAAGGCGGAUAGAAGAUGAAGAUGAAGAGGCGAAGGCAUAGUUUCGAGAAAAUGGCGGAACUCGCCCGAUCUUAUGACCAAAGGCGACCUCAAGAAAGCUACAACCAGAGUUGGCACAAGCUUAUUGUAAAGCUGCAGCAAGGUGGUCAGCUCCAUGGCUCAUGACAGCUUCAUGGUGGGCCGGCCCAGAAGCAGCCUAUCAAGGUAGGACAAUCGUACAGCUUCCUUGUACUGCUGGGCUGCGAGCCACACCGGACCAGGUGGUUCCUGGAUUGCUUCGCUCUGGGCAUUACAUCGAUCGAGUGAUAUCAGUUGGUUCUCGGGUAUUGCAAAGAAGAAAGAGAAAAAACCAACGUUGUGUUGGAAAAGCAAUGGAGCCGGGAAGCGCUUUGUUGGCACUGAACCUUGGUCGGUGGAGUGUUGAGUUGGGUUCGGUUCUCCCACAGCCUCAUCUUUUAUCUCUUCAAGGCGAACUGAGAGUCAGAUUCAAAGCCUUCGAGAUGCGGUUAAUGUCGUCGUGGUGGGCUUCGAAAGCGGCUCUCACGGAUCAAGCAGGUCUGCAUCGAGGUAGGUGGCUGCAUGCUAACUGCGUGCUCGAAUGCUGUUUCGCAUGUGCCGCAAUCAUCUUGCAGAUAUCCGGAGCCUUGUCCUUGCAACACUUACCCAUACACUCUUAGCGUGCCCCAACGAUGCAUUUUCUUGGAAGUGGUUCUUGGAAGUUGUACUCGGAAGUUGUACUGAACAUUGCUGUGAAAUUGGGCACCUGGUAGUAAUACGUAAAUUUGUAAAGUGUACAAAAGUGUACACCUUAGGUUCAUUUGAUGCGACCUUGAGAUUUUAAUGUGCCUCGCUACCUUAUAUCACCAGAUGAAGAUGAGCAGAUUAGAUCUGGAAAAUGGGAAUAUUCCGCAGGGGUGUUUGGAUU